AUGUCGCAGUGUACAACGCAGGCGCCGACCUCUGAUCGUCCCGCAGUCUCCUCGCGUGGAACAUCUCUCGAUGAUCCGGACAUCUAUUUUCCUGUAGGAGGGACAGGAACUCAUAGCGGUGCGUCGGUGGUAGACGAAGCAGCGUCUGCUUUCGGCAACUUGAUAAGCUUUGAUGCUUGGCCGGCCGGUAACAAUAGUAGC